AUGUCGCUGCCCGCUUCGUUCUCUCUCCCCUCUUCCCUUUCACGCAUGUCCUUGCCGUCUCGCUGGCGAGAUGAGGCGCUUGCUCACCCGACACGGACGAUAGUCUUCGCUAGCCUCGCGCUGCGCUGCCUGACAAGCCUCCUGCUGCUGCUCAUCUUCUCCCUCGUCCCCUCCUUCGACGCCUCCGCCGCGACUCUCUCGCAUGCUGUCUCGCCUUACCUGCAGCCGUUCGUGCGAUGGGACACCGUCUACUUCGUCAACAUCGCGCUCGAGGGGUACACCCACGAGCAGAGGGCGGCGUUCAUGCCAGGGCUGCCUGGGUUGAUGAGGGCAGGUGGGGAGGGAAUUCGCUGGCUCAGGGGCGGGAAGGGCGUAGCGAGCGGUGACGACGUCGUACUGGUUGGCAUGGCUGCUACAGCGGUAGCCACGAGCGCUGCGGCAGUCGUCCUUCACCGCCUGACGGUCCGACUCUUCCCACGACAGCCAGCGUUUGCCUUGACGACCGCUUGCCUCUUCCUUCUCGCACCGGGCCGACCAACGCUCCAUGCCGUCCCUUACACGGAACCGUUCGCCGCCCUCUUCACCUUCCUCGGCAUGCUCCUCUUCUACAAGAACCGCGACGUGUUGGCAGCGGUCGUGUGGGCGCUGGGCACGACAAUGCGGGCCCAGGGGGUCGUGCUUGGUGUUGGCUUCUUUGGGUGGAAAUGGGUGUUGCGGAGAACUUGGGACGGGACUUUGAGCGGGCGAUUCCAACGCUUUGCAACCGGCGUCCCCAUCUUCGCCGCCCUCUCCUUCCUCUCCUCACUGCCCUUCCUCGCCUUCCAGCGCUACGUCUACACCCUCUUCUGUUCCGACCCGUCAUCCUUGCGUCCAUGGUGCACCCAAGGACUCGGCUUCAGCUACGGUUGGAUCCAGAGCGAGUACUGGGACGUCGGCUUGUUCCGCUAUUGGACCAUUUUACAGCUCCCAAAUUUCCUCCUCGCCGCGCCCGUCCUCGCCCUCUCGCUCGCCGCAUCCCACUCGUUCUACCGCUCCACCUUCGCCUUCACCCUCCGCUCGACUCUCCCGUUCCUCCCUCUCUCGCUCGCACCGCCUCGUCCGUCACGCAAGUCCAACCCCUCCUCACCUCUCACACACCCCUCCUCGCCCUCCGCAGCUCUCGCUCUAAUCCCCCUCAUCCACCUCCACACCCUCCUCACCCUUCUCCUCCUCACAACCGCCCACGUCCAAAUCAUCCUGCGCGUAUGCGUAACGAAUCCCGUGUUUUGGUGGUACGCUGCGGAACUCGUUUGCUCGACAGAGGGAGGGAAGAAGCGGUGGGGGAGGAGGUGGGUCGGGUAUUGUGUCGUUUGGGGAACUGUCGCGACGGGCUUAUGGGCUGUCUUUCUCCCUCCUGCGUAG